AUGGAUGCUGAAAAUCGUGUCAUUUUGAAUGUUGGUGGUAUUCGUCAUGAAACCUAUAAGGCAACAUUGAAAAAGAUACCAGCGACAAGGCUAUCAAAGUUGACUGAAGCUUUAGCGAAUUAUGAUCCUGUAUUGAAUGAAUACUUUUAUGAUCGUCAUCCAGGUGUAUUCUCACAAAUAUUGAAUUAUUAUCGUACUGGUAAACUUCAUUAUCCUGUUGAUGUAUGCGGUCCACUGUUCGAGGAGGAGUUAGAAUUUUGGGGAUUAGAUGCGAAUCAGGUUGAACCAUGUUGUUGGAUGACGUAUACAGCACAUCGUGAUACACAGGCAACUUUACAAAUUUUAGAUAAAGUUGACAUGGAUAAUGACGAUUACACUCCGGAGAGUUUAUAUAAACGUUUCGGUUUAGAAGAAGAAUAUACCUGUAAUGAAUUGAAUACAUGGCAAAAAUAUCGACCUAAAGUAUGGGCAUUAUUUGAGCUACCGCAUUCGUCAAUUGGAGCUAAGUUCAUCGCUCUCCUAUCCGUCACCUGUAUCAUACUGUCUAUACUCGCAUACUGCUUGGAUACAGCGCCAACAUUUCUUACGCCUUCACUGGUCACCGCCGAAAUUAAUGGGAAUGCAAACAAUAUAAAUAUAAAUAAUAAUCCUAACGACAAAUUCACGUCAUUUUCAACCACCUACCCCGAGGACAAGCUAUACAAGCAUCAAGAACAACAACAACAACAGUAUGCCGUAACAAAUGCAUCGUUAUCGCAUAAGCAACGCAAUUAUUCCUCCCAGCAUGAAUACUCAAUUAUAACAGAUAAACGACCCAAAAAGAGUAUAAUAUUCAUUUACAUAGAAUGUAUCUGUAAUCUAUGGUUCACAUUGGAGUUAAUUGUCCGUUUCACCGUUUCAAUGGAUCAUAGAGAAUUUGUCAAGAAUUUAAUCAACCUGAUUGAUAUUGCUGCUCUGUUGAGCUUUUAUACUGAAGCCUUACUACUAAGUUAUAAUGCUAUCGAGAUAUCUAUAUCACCAAUUGUAGAAUUUUUUAGUAUUGUACGUGUUAUGCGACUGUUCAAGUUGACUAGGCAUAUAUCUGGUUUAAAAAUAUUAAUACUGACUUUUAAAGCAAGCGCUAAAGAAUUUUCAUUAUUGAUUUUUUUCUUGGGUGUAUUUAUUGUCUUAUUUGCUGCAUUGAUUUAUUAUGCUGAACGAUUGAGUACUAAUCCAAAUAAUGAUUUCACAUCGAUACCAAUUGGUCUCUGGUGGGCUAUAGUAACAAUGACUACAGUUGGUUACGGGGAUAUGGUACCGCGGUCGUAUGCUGGAAUGAUUGUUGGUGCAAUGUGUGCAGUAACUGGUGUACUGACAAUUUCUCUACCAGUUCCUGUCAUUGUCUCAAAUUUCUCAAUGUUCUAUUCGCAUACACUGGCUCGUUCAAAACUCCCGAAGAAACGAAGACGUAUCCUGCCUGUAGAAGCUAUUCGCCCAAAGCAUAAAUCAAAUUUUAUGAGUGGACAUGGAAGCGGUCAUCAUCAUCAUUUAAGCGGUGGUCAUCUGAAUGAUUCAAUUGGUUUGAAUAAUUUAGCCAAGGGGAUUGUUCCGCAUAUUGCCCAACCAAUUAUGAAAUCGAAAUAUGCAGAUAGUAGUGAUUUCCCAUUGUUAAAUGAAAAUUAUGAAAAUAAACGCAAAAUUUCUACUCCCAAUGAUAUGCAUAUACCGGAACAGUGUAGAAAUCCAUAUGGAAUUCGAUCAAGACGUGCAGCUGUUAUAGAUGCAUCGAAUAUAUCAUCAGAAAUUGAAGAUAAUGACGGGGAUGAUGCUGAUGACGGAUUUAAGGUGAAAUCAAUCACUGGAGACAAGAGAUCAACAGAUACACUGCAUAACAACGCUGGUACACACUCCAGUCGACAUAUGGCCAAUUCAGUGUAUCCUGUGUUAAGAAAUAAUAAUAAUAAUAACAAUCAUAAUAAUAAAGCAGAUGCUCGUUUCUCAACAACUACAUGUUGUUCAGAAUUACCUCAGUCAACAUCCUUCUGUGACAGAUUGUUAAAUAUGCAAAUGAAUAAUAAUACAAAUAGUACUACAGCUACUACUCAUAAUAAUACUACUAAUACUACUACUACUGAUAACAGUUGUAAUCUCCUGCCAAGUCCAUGGCUUCCUACUCCACCGACUGGACAGAAUCAUGAAAAUGAUUGAAUGUGUAACUAACCUUGUGAAUUCAGCUGACGAGAUAACUAACUAUACACGCAAAGCCUUC